UAACUUGCGCCACAAUGUAAGCUGUACAAACGUGAAAGCUACUACCGGCCCUGUAUAUCGUGUCGAUAUUUUUACGAAAAGAAAAAUGUAACGUCCUACUAGCAUAUCACAAUUUUAUAACGAAAAAAAAAAGGAAGCCCGCCUAUUAAUAGAAACUGGCUGGACAAAUAUCUGGGAACGUGUCGGCCCAGUACGCCAGUUUUUCCCUAAUCAUGCACACUGACCACCUGAGUCACGUAAUGACUGAGCAGCAUUUCGUGCUAAAGUGGCACUACCACGAGACGACGCUCAUCCGUAACCUGCCGUACCUUCUUGAAAACGACAUCUUGAGCGACGUUACCAUUUCGGUGGGCGCGCACAACGUCCGGGCGCACAGGAUCAUACUAGCAAUGUGUAGCGUGUACUUUCUACAGCUGUUUCAGGACCUUAGAAAUACGCAACACCCCGUAAUCGUGCUACACAACGUUGGUAUAGAUGACGUCAAAGCGAUGCUCGCGUUCAUGUACAAGGGUCAGUGUGUGGUAUCGAAGGAGCAACUGCCGAAUUUGCUGUCCGUUGCCAAACUGCUGAAAAUUCAGGGGCUUUGCGAUAUGAAGGUACCCGAGAGGGAAGAGCCCGUCCCCGCCGCGGACACCACGGAAACGUUCCAACUCCCGAAUUUUGAAAAAGCACCAGACGCGAGUGACAAUUACAAUUCUACCAGUAUUAACGUCAAAAGGCAAAGCGGUGACGCAGGCAGCAACGUAGCGAUCAAUUUAUCGAGCGACAGCAAAUCGGUGCGAAGCUCCACGCCCCCUACCUGGGAAAAACCAUUACGAGUAACGCCGGAAAACGCGAGCCCAUGCUCACCGGAGGGCGACUGCCCGUAUCCGAGUUUGCGCAAAGCGCAUUCGAGGGAAACAUCAGAGACGUGCAAGUGCUUCCUGUGCGGUAAAUACCUGAGUAACCAGUACAACUUGCGGGUGCACAUGGAAACGCACGAGGAGGCCUACCACGCGUGCCAGUCCUGCCCUCAUGUGUCUCGUAGCCGAGACGCAUUACGGAAGCAUGUGUCGUAUCGACAUCCCGAAGAAUACGUCACGAGGAAACGAAGAAAGACGGACAAUUCCUAGACGCGACCACGCGAACACUAGUCCAAUAUUCAAAACGGAAGGAUUCCAGUUGAAUCCCACCUCGUGUCGUGUAAUAAUUUAAAUCCGAGUCUCGAGAGUUUUUUUUUUGUACUGCCGUAUGGAAAAAAAUGUUACCGUUCGA